AUGACGCAGCGACCUGUGGCACUCUCCAGACGGGGAACAGAGAUGGAAGCCUUCACCUUUGCCGUGACCACUCAAGUGGACAUACCUAUACGCAUCAAGAUUGGCUCGUUAGAGGGGAAGCAGAAACCGAUCCCAUGCACGGUGCUUGAUGAAAAUGCAGAGCUACGGCAUAUUGGCUCUAUACAAGACCCUACCUCCGAUCUCUAUGUGACCGUUCAGAUAUGGUCGGAGUCAAAGCCAUUGGGCGUGCCGAUGAAGACCAAAUACAAGGCUUUCAAAACCACUCGAGUAUGGAAUGAAUGGCUGGAGAUGCCAAUGUCCAUCAAAGACGCCGAGCGUAAUGCUCAGCUAGCAAUCACCAUCGUUGAUAUGUCUCCACUCGCUCCCGAUAGGAUUACGCACAUCCCAUUCGGUGGAACUACAAUCGCCUUGUUUGACGAAGAUGGAAAAUUAAAGAUGGGCAGACAAAAGUGCAAGGUUUAUUUACAUAAGGACGCAGACGGCUCUGCUACAACCUCUACUCCAUCCGUUCUCCCACCUAAGCGUCGUAAACCGAAUACCCGGGAUCCUUCACAGCAGUCACCCGAAGAGGCGGAACUAGAACGGGUCGAAGUCUUGAUCAAGAAGCACGAAAUGGGCGAGAUCCCACGUGUUGACUGGAUGGAUCAAUUGCUCUUUCGCGAGUUAGAGAAACUGAAGACAAAUGCAGAUGAAGCGGCUCAAAAGCGCGCUCUUGAACUUGACGCAGCCCUACAAAAAGCUCCGAAACACGGCAAAUAUCAGGAUGAUAGCUCUGACGAAGAGAACCUCGAAGAUGAGUAUUUCAACCUCUAUGUUGAAUUUCCACGAUUUGAUCAUCCCAUUGUGUGGGCGGAUCACGAGUAUCCUCCUCCGCCCAUUUCCUCUUGGCCUCAAAAUGCACCUCCCCACCCCAAUGCUACUCUUAAGCCAGUUCCAGAGGUACAAUUUGGCCCUGGAAUUUCGCACGCCGAUCCCCAUAAUAUCAUUCAAAUCUACGAUCCAGAAGUUGGCCAGAUUGGAAACCCGUGUGAGGACAAGCACCGGCGUUUGAUCCGAAGCCAUCGAACCGGCAUCAUGGAUCGUGACCUGAAGCCCAACCCGAAGAUCAGGGAUGAUCUCAAUAUGAUUAUUUCCUACGAACCGACACAAGACCUCACUGCUGAAGAGAAGGAUCUUGUGUGGCGCUUCAGGUAUCAUCUCACGCGGGAGAAGAAGGCAUUGACAAAAUUCGUCAAAUCAGUCAACUGGCGGGAUGUUGGAGAAUCACGGCAAGCAGUUGAAAUGUUCCCUAAAUGGACUGAGAUUGACGUCGAUGAUGCUCUGGAGAUCCUGGGUCCUACCUUUGAUAAUCCCGCGGUCCGUUCAUAUGCUGUGGAAACACUGCGGAAGGCAGACGAUGAGGAGUUGCUUCUAUAUCUUCUUCAAUUGGUUCAGGCUCUGAAAUAUGAUGCAACUCCGAAUAACCAACCUGAUGCAGCUCCGCAGGAGUCCUCGCUUGCACAUUUCUUGAUUUCGCGUGCAGCUAAUAACUUCAAACUUGGCAACUACCUACACUGGUAUCUCAUGGUCGAAUUCGAUGAUGCCGAUGCAAUCCAGCGUCGGCUAUUUGCGCGGGUUGAAUACUACUUCAUGAUUGAACUGGAGAAGCUUCAUCCCGAGCAUAAAAAGACACUAUUGCACCAAGGUGAAAUGGUGGCCGUGCUCUCCAAAAUAGCCAAGGACGUACGCUUCGCGCGUGAAAACAGAGUUGGCAAGAUUGAGAUGCUGAAAAAGUAUCUCCGUGACCCUGAUAACGACCUGAUAAACAUAGAUCCACCACUUCCCUUACCUUUAAAUCCCGAUGUUUCAGUCGUUGGACUAUACCCCGAGGAAUCGAACGUCUUCAAGUCAACUCUUUCCCCUUUGCUUAUCACGUUCAAGACUUCUGAAGGUCGCCGCUAUCCGAUGCUGUUCAAAGUCGGUGAUGAUCUUCGCCAAGACCAAUUGGUUAUCCAGAUCAUCAUCUUGAUGGAUCGCCUUUUGCAGAAGGAAAACCUUGAUCUCAAACUAACUCCUUAUCGAAUUCUUGCCACCAGCGCAACGGCCGGCGCUGUGCAAUUCAUCCCUUCGAUUUCUCUCUCCGCGGCGUCAGCCAAGUACAAAUCCAUUCUCGCUUAUCUACAAGCCAACAACCCAGAUGACAAUGAGCCUCUCGGCGUCCGCAAAGAAACAAUGGAUACAUACAUCAAAUCAUGUGCAGGAUAUUGCGUCAUCACAUACCUCCUCGGCGUUGGUGACCGGCAUCUUGAAAAUCUGCUUUUAGCGCCAGAUGGCCACUUCUUCCACGCCGACUUCGGCUUCAUCCUCGGUCGUGAUCCGAAGCCUUUUGCACCCAUGAUGAAACUUUGCAAGGAAAUGGUCGAAGGCAUGGGCGGCACAACUUCGCCUCACUAUCUUCAAUUCAAGCAAUACUGCUACACCGCUUACACCACGCUGCGGAAAUCCGCGAAUCUGAUUCUUAACCUCUUCAGUUUGAUGGUGGAUGCUAAUAUCCCUGAUAUUCGAGUGGAGCCUGACAAAGCCGUCUUGAAAGUGAAGGAGCGCUUCCAUCUUGAAAUGACCGAGGAAGAAGCUAUCCGUCACUUUGAGCAACUCAUUGCAGACAGCGUCAAUGCUAUCUUCGGUGUUGUGAUUGAUCGCUUGCACGAUUUCGUACAGGGCUGGCGGGCAUAA